ACUAGAAGUGUUCAGUUGCCGAUGCGCGGCCGCGUGAUUCGCAGUUUUUAAAGUUCUUGUUCGAAAAAGUUUCUCAGUUUUGGUGUUUGUGUACUCGUGCUUCGGUUCGGCUACGAAAUAAUGACAGAAGCUUCGUGUGACAAAACGGUGAUUCAUCAAAUCCCAGCCUCUUUAAAUCUGACACAUCUCAUAUAAAUCUGGUAACGACGCUAAAUAAUUCGCGGUAAAAUAACCAUUGUAAAGAAAUCUUAGUUUUCAUUUCAAGUAUUAUAACUUUUGUUAAUUAAACUUUUCGUAACAUGUUACUGUACUACGUCGUGUCAUGGUAAAUGAUUCGUAAAAAGUAUAUUGGUACGAAGUAAUUGAAGAUUUGCAUCGGCAUGUGAAUAUUGGCAGGCAUAUAAACUUUGAUUUAGACGCCAUUUAAGUAUGAAUGUACUUUUAACGACCUCUAUGAAUGUGCUAUUAGACCGUUGUGACAUAUUUUCAAAUACUGUUUCUCUUUUACUGAUUCUUUGCUUAUUUUCUGCUGCUUCUAAUUUAAGGAGUCUUGUUUAUAAUUCUUCGCGAAGUAAAUUUUCCUCCUCGCAUAAACUUAAAUAUUCGAACAGGACGAAGGUAAACGCAACAUAUCGAUGUUUCCACAGGACAUUGUAACAAAACAUCGUUAUAGAAUAGAAACAGAUUUUGCUCGAUUCUUAUUAGUUUUCUUAGGUUAGGAUUAAAUGUAGAUUGAUACAAUAAAGUGAUUGUGUUUAAAAAAGUAGCGGUUGCUUCUAGGGGAUAUCCCUAACAGUUACUUUUUUGCGAAGAUAUUUGAUUUGGUAGUAUUUUUGCUAUGAAAUGUUUUCUAUGAAAUUAUUUUUAGUAUAGUUUCUAGAUAGUUUUAUGCAAGACGCAUUAAGUUAAUAUAUCGUAAAUUACAUUUGGCAAAUUUAAUGUUAUAUAUAAAAAUGUAAAUCUUUGCAAGAUUGCUUGUUGAAAAGGUUAUUUUUUAAAGCUGCGUGUUAGCAAAUCGGAAUUUGGAAUUUGAAAUUGAAAUAUUUUAUUAAGUUAUCGUAAAUUUCUUGCUUUUAUAUUCAUUUUGUUUCAAUUAAUGAUUGUAAGUAUUGCAAUAUAUUACCCUACCGAAUGUUCACAGAAUUUGCUCGUUACUUUAGGUUUGUACUUUCUAUAAGAAAACAAAUUUCACGUAGUAAAACUUUAAUCAAAAUAACCGAACUACCAUGCCGUCGCGUCCGUGAGAUUUCAUACGGGUUAACUGUACCUUAUUUGCCAAGUAUUCCGAACUUCUUUGCAUCAAUGUAGCUUUCGAACUGCUAACAAUAAACCGGAAAUGCUUGAGAACAACGGGAUCUAUUCCACGGUUGAUUGCCGUUUGUUGUGCUCACUUUUUCCAUUGUCGAACGUUCAACCGCUAUUAAACGUUUAACAUAUAUUUACUGAGAAUGCUUUCGUAAAAAAUAAAUUAGACGAUUCAUGUCGUAAUUCAGAAAGUUAAAUUGAACGAAUCCGAUCAAAAUCUCAGUCGUAACAAGGCACGAUUGUUCCACGCAUCAAAUCUUUUUAUUCAACGAGGUUCCGACGUAAGUUCGAAAUUUUACGUUUUUUUACGCAAAGACAAAAAUAAGAAAGUUUAUACAGAAAUUUUAUUAUCCCGCAAAAACCUUUAAACGAUAGAUUAUCAAUAGGAUUAAUAGAAUUAGACUCGUAGAUUAUUUACAGAUUAUUUAUAGAAUAAUCAUACGAUUUUAUUAUGCACAGAUUGUCAUAAAUCGUUCGUAGAUUAUUUCCAAGAUUCCAAUAUUUGUCUAUUAUUUGGAACAUAUCGUACAUUUGAAACAUAUCCAUGGAUUAUUCCUGAGAUUGUAUUACAUGUAAAUUAUUUGUUAGAUUAUUCGCGCGAUUCUAUCACACGUAAAUUACUCGGCGAUUAUUCGGAAAAGAUUCUUCUGUAAAAAGAUAAAAUAUCAUGAAUAAAUUGCAUCGCGAUGCGCACAACUAUAAAUUCACUUGCCUCGUUCUUCAGAAUAGAGAGAAGCGUGUUUUAAUACUUGAUGUGUAUCUACUUUGCGACGGGCAACAAGAUUCUCCACUUUCCCGAUAUAAUAUCAUAGCAAAUUCGAUAAUGAUUGCGCAUUUUGUCGAGAUAAAAUCGCCGGAGAAAUGAACUAGGAAAGGCAAUGGGAAAAAUAAAAUAAAAAGAAAUUCGAUGGUUUGACGAACAAUCGAAUGUGACUGAUAAUAUGAAUUCGAUUAAUUGCAAUUAUUACAAUUACCAAUGAAAUUAAACUACUCUGAAAUUGAGCUACUCUCAAUGAAAACACGUGGAUACUCCGUGAAUGUAAGAUGCUGGUUUCUUUCGUCGAACUGAAAAUGCUUUGAUCUAAAGGAGAAUCGGUUGAUCGCGGCUGCAGAUCAAUUAAAUCAGUUCGGUUAAUCUAGUCGCGAUUAAAAUGCAGUGAAUGAUAAUGAAUCGCAGCUUCCGCGCAUAUUUCUGUUGUCUGUACACCGGUUGAUCAUCGUGUCCUUGAGACCGCCACAGUUCGAAGACGUUACGUGUUCUGCUUCAUUAAAAAUGGUUAAUAUGGAUAUGCAAACUGAGUUUCAAUUCUUUGCACGCGUGCCUUACGUUCACGGGAUAUUUAAGUGAGCCGCUGUUACGGAUUAAACGAUGCCAGUGAAUACGACCGUAGGCACUACCCUUUUGGACGAGGAGCUUCGGCGUAUUUUGCAGGAAAGGGAGCUGGAAUGUUUGCAGUUGCAGGCCAUGAAUUCCACGCCACCACCAGAGCCAUACUGUCGGAUGACAUUUGACGGAUGGUCCUGCUGGCCAAAUACUCCAGCAGGAACGACUGCAUACGCCCAGUGUCCAAAUUUCAUCACUGGUUUCGACGCCUCGCUGCAGGCACAUAAAUAUUGCGAGUCGAACGGUACCUGGUUUCGACAUCCAGUAUCUGACCAAGUGUGGAGCAACUACACGACAUGCGUCAACCUGCAAGAUCUCAGUUGGCAGCAAGGAAUUAGCGGACUUUACGAAGCUGGAUACGCAAUAUCGUUGGUAGCGUUGCUACUGUCGUUAGGUAUUCUCACAUACUUCCGCUCCCUGAGGUGUGCAAGGACCACCCUUCAUAUGAACUUGUUCGCCUCGUUCGCUGUAAAUAACGCACUAUGGCUGGUGUGGUAUAGAUGCAUCGUCGCGAACACGGAUUUACUAUUGAACAAUGAGGUACGUAUGAGGCGCCCUCGUUCUCUCUUGGUUCUUUCUUUGCUUAGCACUCGACCCAGUAACUCACGCGAGAAUUUCGUCUCGCGGCGUAUCGUUUCAGUAAUUAGCGCAAUUAUCGUUUUGAUAACGUGUCGGCUGCUACACAUUAUCCUGCAUUACUUUCUACUUACUAAUUACGCCUGGAUGUUGUGCGAGGGUUUUUAUCUGCACACCCUGCUCGUUAGCGCUUUCACCAGCGAGCAUAAAUUAGUAAAGUGGCUGAUGGGUCUUGGUUGGCCUGUACCUGCGGUCAUCGUCACGAUUUAUGCCUCUUUAAGGGCGACCAGUGAUGACCCUGCGGACACCGGACAAUGUUGGAUCAACGAGGGUAACUAUAUGAACGUGCUGGUCUACCCAGUCUGCGUUUCCACCCUGUUGAACGUGCUUUUCCUCUUCAACAUCGUUCGAGUUCUAUUGAUGAAACUGAGAGCUGGUCCUACGAUUGGCACGCAACCUUCCAGGUCUAUGCGUCAAGCAUUUCGAGCGACGUUACUCCUCGUACCUCUUUUGGGCCUACAUUAUCUUGUCAUCCCCUUCAGACCGCCGAAAAAUCACCCCUGGGAGCAAUUUUACGAAGUUCUCUCCGCCAUAACGGCCUCUUUUCAGGGUCUCUGCGUGGCCAUUUUAUUCUGUUUCUGCAACGGUGAGGUAAUAGCGCAAUUUAAGAGAAGAUGGGAGGGCACAGCUCUUCUGCGGAAUCGGGCCAAUUCUUGCACAGCUACCACCGUCUCGGUCCGAUGCCGGGAGAGGAGAAGGUGUGACUAUCGGUCGUCCGUGCUGGAAGUUCCGGACGAAAAACGAGCCGUGGACGACCGUCAGCAGAUUGUUCAACUGGUCGCCGCUACUCCCGUCCCCAAUAGUCACAACAAUCACGCCAGGAUGCUCAUUAAGUCCAACGAGUUGUCCGACUACGAUCAGACGCAGUGUUGAUAAUUUCGACGGCUGAUCAAUGAGAGACUGAAACCACUGGAGCUGGCGAAAGAACGUCAUCGAGCGAACAUCAAAGAGAGUUUUAUUCUAUGGCCAGAAGAUUAAGGAGCUUAAAGAUCGCGUCAAUAAUAUAGCGAACAUGAAGAAGGGGUCCUUUUAAGAGUGGAUGUAGUAAAUGAUGAUUUUUUUUAUGAAGAUUGUUGGAAGUGAUGAACGUCGUUUUAUUCUGAAAUGAGAAUGUUGAGAAUUAGCGAAGAAGGUAUAUAUACAAUGGCUACAAAAAGUAUUGACACGUAUCCUUAUCUUCCAAUGAAACUUUUUGUCGGAUUCUAUACGUUUUACUUUCACAGUAUCAAAUUUUUUAGUUGUAUAAAAAUUAAAUUGUACGAAAUUUAGUAUACUUGGAUCGAAUUAAUUAGUAUAUAAAUGUUAUAAUAAAUACAACGGUGUGAAACUGGUUUUUUGUAGCCACUGCAAUUUGAUAAUUAGAGUUGUAAAGACCAGUUCUGUAUAAGUUCUAAUGAAUGAGUGAUAUUAUUGAAAAGGGUAUACAUUAUUCUUUGAUCUCGAAUUAAUUUAAGAUAGGAGAAUAUAAUAGAUCGCUUGUUUGGAUAUUUUGUUUUCUUAAUUCAUAGGGAUUGUAAGCGUGACUUUUAUUUACAAGGAGAUAUUCUUUGGAGUAUUUUUUCGUAUUCACGCCUUGAGAAAGCGUUAAAAAGAAAAAAAGGAAAAAAUAUUAUGCUCGUACUUGCACAUAUAUGUCGGAGUCAGGUUGGAAUUUUGGGGGCGUUCAAUGAACCUUUACUUACUUUACCAUCGCGGGUGUAGCUAAUGUUUAUUGGUACAAAUGUGGACACUUGUGACUCUGGUCUGAGACUCGAUAACGCAUCCGCGGUCAACGGGUUAGUAGGCUUGUUUCUUCGUCCAAGUCUAAGUUGUAAUGGCUACCCAGCAAGACGUUAGUUAACUCGUACAACAGCGCGUACCGGUGAAAAAGUGACUUUCCGUCACGGUGACGCUGUCGAGGAAAACUAUGAUGGGGUGUGUCUAAGAGCACGAAAUUCUCGGAUUUGUGGAGAGAUGUCUUCACUUGAAAAGUGAGGGGAAAUUAACGCUGCUGUUAAUUGGUCAAUUUGCCCGAGGGAACCGUUGAAACCUUUUUUUACUGUCGAGUACCUCUACGGGUAUUUCUUUUAAUGAGGGCUAUGUUAUUACUCCAUACUUUUGUUAGACGGAGCGUUCGUCCCGUUGACCGCGGCUACGUUCGGCAACUGAUUGUCGCCUUGAGCUCAAGCUCACUGUCAUAAAUCUCAAACAAAUACAACUGGGCAGAAUAACGGCAAACUGUUUAAUUACAAUUUUUAUGGAUUUUCCCGAAGUUUCGGAGGGGAGGCCCCGGUGUCCUCUCAUCUCCGACAUAUAUAUACAUAUAUAUAUUUUAUUGUAGAAUUAGGAUUUACUGAAGAAGCUUCUUAUUUUCUUGAAAAGAUUGGUAAAAUAAUCUGGUACAAGAAUCGAUGAUUGUAUUAACUAAAACUUUAUAAUUAAUUGAAUAUUCAAAAUUUUGAGAUAGAUGUGUUUGUAAAAGAUUAAUGUAUAUUGAAUUUGAAACAUAUUGAUAUAAUUCAAGUUCCCAAACUCUUUUCUCUUAGAUUGCUUAUCACUUUCAAAUUUGAAAGGCAAACAUUUUCAUUCUAUGUCAACGAACAAAACAGUUCUUAAUUUUUACAUUAAAUAUCACGUAGGAAGUAAUGUUAGACAAUAUAUAUAUAAAACGUAUACAUAUAUAAUUUUAUUAACAAAAAAUUGUGCUAUUUUUCUUAAUAAGUUUUUAUUAAGAUUCAAAUUACAAUCAAAAUUAGGUUAUAUAACUUUAUAUAACAUAAUUUCAUAUUUUUUAAAUACAUUUUUGAUUUCAAGUCUACUUCCAAAGGAUACAACUUUUACAUAUUUGCUUUUUAUAGAUAUAAAUUAUAAGUCAUCAUAUCAAAUUUCGUCACGCGAUUUUUAUACAAAAUAGAGAUGUAGAAAAUAUUCGCCAUAAAUAUACUUCUUUCAUGUAUAUAUAGUUG